AUGACAAUCUCCUAUGCUUUAAUUUCAGAGUGUCAGCAUGCUCCUCAAACAUCAUUAUCAUUGACUACUCUUGGCUCUUCUCCACUCACCAUUCAUGUCAUUUCAGAAACUUCCAGACAACGCACUCUAAGAUCCAUCGUUGAACAGAAAAUUAUUCCCAAAUGGAUCAAUUCUUCAGAAGAAAUGAUGGAUACAUGUACCACUCUCCAACAUUCGAGACUUGUCCCCACUCAUGACAUGUUCACCUUUUACAUUGAACGUGAAGAGAAUAAUCUCAAUUCCAAGUUUCAAAAGGAAAUUUAA